AUGCUGGGAAUUGAUGCUUAUAUCGUGAAAGUUGAAGUAGAUGUUGCUGGUGGAAUGCCAUCCUUCAGUACUGUCGGCUUACCCGACAACGCCAUCAAAGAGAGUCGGGAUCGGGUUACCGCAGCCAUUAAAAACUCCGGUUUCUACUUCCCGCCCACCCGAAUCACGGCGAAUUUAGCACCUGCAGAUAUCCGAAAAGCGGGAUCGGCGUUUGACCUCCCCAUCGCAAUCGGUGUCAUGGCAGCCACCAAUCAGGUGAAUCCCGCGAGGCUUGAAAACGCAAUAAUUUUAGGUGAACUCGCACUUGAUGGAAGCAUUCGCGGUAUACAAGGCGGACUCCCUAUCGCCAUUGCCGCAAAAGAGAACGGCAUCCAAGAUCUCAUUUUGCCUGCUGAAAACGCAAGGGAAGCAGCGAUCGUAGAAGGUAUGAACGUCUAUCCGGUCGCAAACUUAACAGAGACCGUUGCAUUCCUCAACGCCGAUAAAGAGAUCGCACCAGUACCGCGCACCCUCAGCACUGACGGACACAACGAGCAUUCUGAAGCACAUCUUGACCUACUCGACGUGAAAGGGCAGGAACAUGCUAAGCGCGCCAUCGAAGUCGCCGCUGCCGGCGGGCAUAACCUCAUCAUGAUCGGACCGCCCGGUUCUGGAAAGACCAUGAUAGCGAAGCGAAUUCCGUCGAUUCUGCCGAAACUCUCUAUCGAGGAAUCCUUAGAAACAACGAAAAUCCAAAGUAUUAUCGGUAUUUUGCCAAGCAAUACACCUCUGGUCGUGACGCGCCCAUACCGUUCACCACACCAUACUAUCUCUGACGCAGGUUUAAUCGGCGGCGGAAAAGUACCACGUCCCGGUGAGGUGAGUCUUGCACACAACGGCGUGCUCUUUUUAGAUGAACUCCCCGAAUUCCGGCGAAAUGUCCUUGAAGUCAUGCGACAACCGCUUGAAGACCGGCAAGUGACCAUCUCCCGCGCAGCAGCGUCACUCACUUAUCCCGCGAACUUCAUGCUCGUCGCCGCUAUGAAUCCUUGCCCUUGUGGAUUUUUUAGCGACCCGAACCGAGAUUGUAAGUGUACACCCAACCAGAUUCAGAACUACGUCUCCCGUAUCUCAGGACCGCUCUUAGAUAGAAUCGACAUCCAAGUUGAAGUGCCAGCGGUGAAAUAUGCCGAACUUGCUAACGAAACAACCGGCGAACCUUCGGCACACGUCCAAGAACGAGUCGAAACGGCACGGCAAGCCCAACAGCAACGCUUCGCAGACACGGUAAUACACGCCAAUGCAAACAUGGAAUCUAAGCAGAUACGAGAAUAUUGCAAAAUUGAUUCCCAAGCACAGGAUCUCCUCCGGAUCGCGAUUAACCAAUUAGGACUGAGCGCACGUGCCUACGACCGGAUUUUGAAGGUAGCGCGCACCAUCGCUGACUUAGACGGAAACCCGCAUAUAGAGACAGUUCAUGUCUCUGAAGCCAUACAAUAUCGGAGUCUCGACCGAAGUUUCUGGAAAAAGUAA